UUGACAGUUACUUGGCAUUCCACUUUUGAGGUUAAAUAACGGGUCUAAUUAGUUCGGUUUUCAAUACUAUUUCAAAAAUUAAUCGAUAUCUGAUACAAAAAGUAGUAUUAUGACUGCCGAUUUCUAUAUUCGGUAUUAUGUGGGCCACAAAGGUAAAUUCGGCCACGAAUUCUUGGAAUUUGAAUUCAGGCCUGAUGGCAAGCUAAGGUACGCCAACAACUCAAAUUACAAAAACGAUACAAUGAUCCGUAAGGAGGUAUACGUACACCAGUGCGUUAUGGAAGAGCUGAAGAGGAUAAUAGUGGAUUCAGAAAUAAUGCAAGAGGAUGAUUCUCUCUGGCCACCACCGGACAGGAUUGGCCGUCAGGAAUUGGAAAUAGUGAUCAACGAUGAACAUAUAUCAUUCACAACCUCCAAAACUGGCUCGUUGGUAGACGUAAGCCAGUCGAAAGAUCCUGAAGGAUUGAGGUGUUUCUAUUAUUUGGUUCAAGAUCUCAAAUGUUUGGUAUUCUCGUUGAUUGGACUCCAUUUUAAAAUUAAGCCUAUAUAGAAUGUGCUUUGUGAAGGAAAGAUUCAUUAUUCGUAUCUGUAAAACAAUUUUGAUAACUUAUUUGUAUGAUUGCUGAAUAUAUAUUCAGUAGUAAAAA